AUGGCUGAAAACGUUCGAUCGGUUUGCGAAUCCGGGUCGAUCGGCGUAAUUGAGUUUCCCCUGUUGUUCUGUGUUCGUCGUGCUCUGCAGCUUGCUCUGCGAUCUCCGAGUGUGACUGACUCACGGCAGGUGUGUCAGUGCUCCUGGGGCGUACAUGAUCUGAGUGCCGGCGAACAACCCGGUCGUCCGGAAGCUGCAAAUCGUUUUGACUUCCUGAAGAAUCGAGCACAGUCGCCGGCUGGCAACAUUGUUCAUGCGGUAACCUGGUGUAAACAUGUUGAUGGUCCUGAAAUGUAA